GAGCGCCGCUCAUCGAUUAUUGUGUUUUGUGUCUCUGCCAUGGUCGCCGACGAGAUCACAACCACCUGGAUCUCCAAGGAGGUCUUCGGCCUCGUCAAGGCCGGUGCAGCCGAAAAAUACGUGCACAAGGAGGGAAUGAGCUUUCUGACCUAUGCCGAAGAGCUGGACUCGCGCGGACAAGAAAAGAAGGCCCAAAACCACUUCCGCAACGUCUGCAUCGAAACCACCCGAGAGGUCCUCACGCCGCAGGAGCAGGAUAAAGCCGAGGCGCAGUAUCGCAAGCUCAGCGUCGAAAAGGCCAGUAUCCAGCAGCAGGUUCUCAACUUGACCAAGCGCAAGAUGGAGCUCGAGCUGGAGCUGGCCACGAUCCGCAACGAGCGCAUGCAGAUCGACCUGGACAGCUCCAACAGCUCGCUCUCGGGCACAAAAUUUCUCGACCCAGUCACCUAUGAUAUCCUCCUGAUCACCGAAGAGGCCAAGAAAAACCUCAUCCGCACUGUCCUCGGCGAGGGCCUAUCGGAGAGCGAUAUCACGGUGCUUCUGGACAAGAACGGGAUCCCCGGAAGCCUUCAGGAGGCCCUUGGUCUCGACAAGAUGACCUUGUUUUCGUUUGGGGCCAUUACCGAGGACAGCUUCAAAGACAAGGAAGUGCCGCAGCGAGAGCGUCGCUCGGUACUUGCCCUGGCCGAGUACGUGCGCAACCGCAUCAAGGAGUGCACCCAGGAGCAGACCAAGGUCAAGUUUACACUCGAGCGCAAGUACCUCAAGUGCCAGCGGGAUCUUGACACCUGCUCAACCACCCUCAAGUCGACCCAGAAGGCCCUGGACCACAAUGAUGACAUGUGCAUCCGACUGCAGCACACCCUCAACCCGCCCGUUGUCGAGAAGCGGCUGCGGCUCGUCGAUCUUCAGGGCAAGGCCCAAGACAAGAGGCCGAAGAGGAUGGCCGAGGAUUUUGGCGAGAUCUAUGGCUUUGCUCCGAUCCUGAUUGACACGGAGCUCACCGACAACCUCAAGCGCUUUGGCGAAGGCUGGGACAGCGAGCUCCGUCGGCACAGGAAGAUUGGCGACGAGAUGCACGGCGAUGACGACGAUGAACUGCUGGAUCUUGGCUUCCUGCAGCCGAGCGUGAACGAAAUCGAUCCCCAGACGGGCCAUCCGCAUAUCUACUCCGUUGGGUCCAUUAUCCUGGGCGCCUUUGCCAUUAUGCUGAAGCACUGCACCGGCAUGGACAAGUUUCUGAUGGGGGUGACGCAGUCAUACCGCCCGACCGGGCUGUUGGCUGGCCCGCUUACCGAUACCGUUCCGAUCAAGAUCGACCUGUCGCAGAAGGGCGGCACCUUCAAUACGCUCUUCCAUCGCCUGAGCAAGUCCAUGUACGAGGGAUCGAUCUACGGAGGGAGCUGCGGGAUGGCGGCCUUGGAGCACAGCACACACAUGCAGCUCCUGUUGGAAGUGCGAUUCGAGUUCAUUCCCGCCAAGGAAACAGACGGGUGGCUCAAGAACGGCAUGAGCGUCGGUGAUCUGCUUGGCCAGCAGGACGAAGUUGGCGAAGGGCUCGAGCGGCUCUGGACCGUCUCGGAGCACGAUCCCUUCGACAUGAAGCUGACAUGCGUGGAGGCACCAACACACAUCAUCGGUGGCAUCACCUACCGCAAGGACAAGUAUGACAUGACCCAUGUGACCAGGUGGAUCGACAAGCUCAUCUCGACGCUGCAGAGCAUCGAGCGUGCUCCGCGAAAGGUCACGAUCAACAGCCUGAUCUCGAGAUACUAUCAAAGCGUUUGGCAAGGCGGAAGUAAGGAGAAUCUGGUUGGCAGCGUCCAGGACCUCAACGAUGCUCACCAGCGGCUAUCGAUGGUCGACAUUUUCUCGUCCCAGCCGCAGAUUGUACCAGACGAUCAGGAGAGCGCCGAGACAUAGGGUGUCGCGGAGAGAACAGCAGAAUGUUCUGCUGCGAGAGAUUGAAGGGUGUCGACUGCUGUGGAUAUGGCAACAGAGGCAAUACAGCCCAUCGUUCAUUGUUCAUCGUC